AUGCCACCUUUUCGCAAUUGGAAGAAUCCAACUCCAGAUGAUCUUGCCUUCUUGAACACCUUGGACGCGCGCGCCAAGUCUGAAAUUUACCCACUACCAAUCACCGCUCGGGCUCAUCCAUGUGUUAGAGCUGGUAUGGAACAGUGUUUUGUGUGUGGAAAAUUCGGUCACCGUAAACCCUGCCUUAGCAAGAAAAAGUAUGGGGCACCUUAUUUUCCCUUUUGGCGGAGAACGAACAACGGCCGGUCGUAUAGCAUCAACAAGCUCAGAUUGACUGAUGAACAACUCGCUGUGGCGAGCCUUUCGGAGGCUGGUACGUUCUCAUCUCCUGACGCGGAGAAACUUCAUCUGAUCAGCGAGUGGUGUGUUUUAGUCGAAGUGGAAGAAGACGAGGUAGAUAUUAUGCAAUUGUCGUCCGACGACAUUGCCCUCCUGGAAGCGGCGGAAGAAAAGGCUUCGUUAAAAGCGAGCAGUCAAAUCCAAGCGUCAGUAGUCUCGGGAGACGAAUCAGAUGAAAUUGAUGAGCUUGAUGAGCCCACCGGGGAAGCAAUGGUCCUAGCCGCGAAACCACGCUCCACGGUCACUGGCAAACAAGUCACUCACAAGAAAUUACGACGCUCUGGAGGGGUGUGCUACCAUUGCUUUGGCCGCGUUGGGAGUGGUCGUAUCUCCGGAACUUAUGGCCUCCGAUUCCCACCUGGCCAACGCUCUAGGAACUCUAAUAAUUAUCAAUUCCCCUAUAUUGAUAUUAAUCACUUACAAGUUAUCUACAAUUUUUCUAGUAAUUCACCGUCACUACCUUUCCGUUAUCAACUUAAUUCAGAAAACGAAAUGGCUAACCCCAACUCUUCAACUCGAAUUACAAGACGUACCAGAGGUGAAGAAGUGGAAGAAGGAGCGGUAGCUAUAGCCCCACCUUCCUCUAAUAUUACCAACCUCGAACAACGUGCACCAUUAGAUGGUGAAGCCAUAGAGGAAGAAAGAAGAGACGCAGUAGCUAGAUCAAUGGAGAGUGAUCAUGAAAGUUAUGAUGAAGAUGAAGAUCAAGAUUCAGAAGACGACACUUACGAUGCGCAAAAUGAAGAAUCUGAUCCAGACUCGUCAUCAUCAUCUCAAGACGAUUCGUCUGAUCCUGAGAAUUCAUCAUCAGAUGAGUCGACAAAGGAAUCAUCAGACGAGGACUCAUCCUCUGGAAGUUCGUCCGAAGAUUCGUCUGAAGAGGAAGGUGAUACAGGGGAGUCCAACGAAACCAUCAAAAAUGGUAACAAACGUGACAGAAAAUCCUUGAAAGCUAUCGACAAAGUCAUAGCGAAAGCUAUGCGCGCACGAGAAAAAGCGAAAGCCCGAUUAGCGGAAAAGAAGCUAGCUCUGAAAGACAGGAAAGCCAUGUCGAAACAUGGGAAACGAACUACCUCUUCAAAGGUCAAGUCUUCCAGUAACAAGAAAGAUAUCAAGAAAGAGAAUGGAAUAAAGUUUCAGAAAGGAGAACCCUGCAAAUCGAUGUUGCCUACGCUGCAGACCUAUUGGGGAGAGGCAAUGAAAACUCUUUCCGAAAGCGUUCCUCUCACAGUCCUCAACCCUACCUUUGUUCAGAAAGACAAGAGGUCUCACCCCCCCUUCCGAAUACUCCAUGUCCUUCGGAGAAUGGAUCGAUGGGAUAACCCUACUAAGAAGAUACUUGAAGAAAACGUACAAUUUCUCAAUACUGGCAAACCAGUUGAAGACGCACGUGAAGCAUGUAAAAGACAUAAACUUUUUGGCCAUAGAGGGAAAGGAGUUCCCGUACCAGAUGCGAGUAUUUAUGUAGAAAGCUUCGAACGAGCAGCAAAAGAAAAAGCAACUAGACAAGGCGAGUUUUCAUUUGGUAAUGAAAAUCCUUAUGCAAAAGGAGCCAGGUUUGAACAUCGAGACCCAAUCACGGGAAUGUGGGAGGAAUCAGCAGCAAGAGAGUCUAAGAAGAGAAGAGGACAGUUGACCAGACAAAACUCCUCCUCCAACAGUAGAAGAAUCCCGAGAUUACCGAGAGGCCCACGCCUCCCAGAUAUUAUCGAAAUGCUACCACCCGCAAGACGCGAACCGGCGCAAGAGGGAAACCAUAGGACGAACAGAGGUGGAGUUCGUAGAGGUAGAGGAAGCGCGGUUAACAUCAGAGGAAGAGCACGCCAUAUGUAA